AUGGAGGAAUUCGAAGGCCAUUCGGGUGGCGGCAAGAGGAAGUCGUGGCCGAAAGAUCGAUUCAUUGAUUUGGUGUUUUCAUGGUCAAUUCAAGAAAUCUUUGAUGAGAAUAUGUACAAAAAUCAGGUGGAGAAGAUUCCGGAGGAAUUCGAUAGUGUCGACAGGUACCUCGGUUCAUAUGUCUAUCCUUUACUAGAAGAAACUCGUGCAGAGCUUUCUUCGGCAAUGGAAACUGUGUACAAAGCACCUUUUGCCGAGGUAAUGUAUUUCGUGGAGGACAAAAGUGAUGCUUUUUUCUAUGAUGUUAGAGUUGACCACUGGAGGAAUAGCCAAAGUAACCGUGGUAAGGAGGCUUAUAGAACCUUGCCCGGUGAUAUUAUUCUCGUCUCAAACAUGAAACCCGAAACAGCUUGUGAUUUGGAACGUGCCGGAUGGGCUUAUACAUUUGCUUGUGUAACAAAAAUCCCGGAGGACGAGGGCAAUGAUGGUAGCACAUCAUGCAAUUUUAAGGUUAGGAUGGCCGAGCACGUUGAUACGGAUGGGCUCUAUGUGGUUUUCUUGAUGAAUGUCUCCACACAGAAGAGAAUUUGGAAUGCACUCGGAAUGCGCCGGAAUCUGAGGAUCAUCGAGAAAGUAAUAUCCAGAGACGACAUGGUUGAGAAAACUUGUGAACUCUGCCUGUUCAAAUACAAUAUCAACAUAGAAGAAAAGCUCGAGCAAACAUUUACGUCCAAGUUGAACGAAUCACAACUAGAGGCAAUUUCCGCAUCUCUAUCCAAAGUUCACUGCAACCACACUUCAUCAAUUGAGCUCAUGUGGGGUCCACCGGGGACUGGCAAAACUACUACCUUGAGUGUCUUGCUGUAUGCUCUCCUGAAAAUGAAUGUGAGGACUCUGGUUUGUGCCCCGACGAAUAUUGCCAUCACAGAAUUGGCUUCGCGGGUUAUAGCACUCAUGAGAAAUUCAGUUGAAUCCAAAUCCGAGAAGAACUUUCGGUUUUGUUCGUUGGGAGAAAUCCUUAUUUUUGGAAACAAAGACCGUCUGAAAAUUGGCUCGGAGAUUGAGGAAAUCUUCUUAGAGUACCGUGUUAAAAGAAUUCUCGAGUGCUUAGUAUCAUACACAGGGUGGCAAAAAUGCGUGUCGUCAAUGCUCGAUUUUCUCGAGGAUUGUGUUUCUCAGCAUCAGAUCUUCUUGGAGAACGAGCUAAUUAAAGCAAGAGAAAGUACAGAAGAAGAAGAAGAAGAAGAAGUUCAAAAGCCUCCAUCCAUGUCCCUUCUUGAGUUUGCUCGAGAUCGAUUUCCACAUAUUGCAAAAUCUCUGAGAAGAUGCAUGCAGAUAUUCUUAACACAUUUACCUAGAAGAUCCUAUCAUGAGCAAACCUUUAAAAACAUGGAGCAAGUAAUAUUCCAUCUCGACGCGAUUGAGAAUUCGCUGUUUGCAGACGCGAGUAUGACAUCUAAUGAAUUGGAGAGUGUCUUUCUACAAAAGGUCGUGCCUUUUCCCGAGUCGCUGGUCGAUACAUCAUCGUUAGUGCAUGCAAGAAGCCAGUGUUUGUCUAUCCUAAAAUCCCUUAAUGUGUCUCUUGGUGCACUUGGGCUUCGUAUUCUCACUAGUAAAUAUUCGGCCGAAGAGUUCUGUUUCCAGAGGGCAUCGUUAAUUUUCUGCACCACAUCAUCUUCGUAUAAGCUACACUCGUUUGAUAUGGAGCCAUUUAACUUAUUGGUCAUUGAUGAAGCUGCUCAAGUAAAAGAAAGCGAGUCGAUUAUAGCACUCCAGGUCUCGGAUGUUGGGCAUGCUAUUUUAGUUGGUGACGAGUGGCAAUUACCUGCUACGGUUAAGAGUAAGCUGUCUGAAGAUGCUGGGUUUGGCCGAAGUUUGUUUGAGAGACUGAGCUCACUGGGACACUCUAAGCAUCUGCUUAAUGUGCAAUACAGGAUGCAUCCAUCUAUAAGCCGUUUUCCAAACUCGAAUUUUUAUCUGAACCAGAUAUUAGAUGCACCUUAUGUGAAGAGUCCAACCUAUGAAAGACGAUUUCUGCAAGGGAGAAUGUUUGGUCCAUAUUCUUUCAUAAAUGUUCGUGGAGGAAAAGAAGAAUUAGAUGAUGUUGGGCACAGCCGAAGAAACAUGGUUGAGGUAGCUGUAAUUGUGAAAUUAGUGCAAAAGCUCUAUAAAGCAUGGGAUGGCUCAAAUGAGAGUCUUAGCAUCGGCUUGAUUUCACCCUACGCUGCGCAAGUUGCUGCAAUUCGUGAUAGGCUUCAUCAGAAGUACGAAAACCUAAACAGGUUUACGGUAAAAGUGAAAUCUGUUGAUGGCUUUCAAGGUGGCGAAGAAGACAUAAUAAUUAUAUCAACUGUGAGGUCCCAUUCUGGUGGGUCCAUCGGUUUCUUGUCUAGUUCUCAAAGAACCAAUGUUGCUUUAACAAGAGCUCGACAUAAUCUCUGGAUUUUAGGCAAUGAAAGAACUCUGAGUAAAAGUGACUCAGUUUGGGAAGCACUGCUAUGUGAUGCUAAGAGCCGCAAAUGUUUUUUCAAUGCCGAUGAAGAUGAUGACAUUGGAAAAACCAUUAUAAAUGUUAAGAAAGAGUUGCAGCAACUUGACGAUCUUCUUAACGGAGAUAGUAUACUUUUCCAAAAUUCAAGAUGGAAGGUUUUAUUCAGUGAUAACUUUCGAAAGUCAUUCCAGAGACUGAAACCUUCGAAUGUUAAGAAGCUAGCCAUAAAUAUUUUGCUUAAGCUUGCAAGUGGUUGGAGGCCGAAGAAAGUAAACGUGGAUUGGGAGUGCAAGAACUCUUCGUAUAUCGUGAAGCAAUUCAAGGUUGAAAAAUACUUUGUUGUUUGCUCCAUCGAUAUAUCUAAGGACUCCAUCUAUUUCCAAGUUUUCAAAGUGUGGGACAUAUUGCCUAUUGCCGAGACCUCAAAGUUGUUGAAUCGUCUUGACAGCAUAUUCGCAAUGUACACAGAUGACUUCAUCAAACACUGCAAUGAGAAAUUGUUCGAAGGAAAUCUUGAGAUUCCAAGAAGUUGGUCAGUUUCAAAGGAUAUAAUUCGUUACAAGAAUUCCAAUAAUGCCAACUUUAACACGACUGCAAGUGCCAGUGCGAAUGAUGGUAGAACUUUUGUCGAGAAUUCAAAAGUGAACGAGAGCUUACUGCUGAUGAAAUUCUACUCACUUUCAUCGGGAAUCGUGAAUCAUUUGCUUACUGAUGCUGAGGGCCGAGAAGUGGAUCUCCCAUUUGAGGUUACUGACGAGGAGCGUGAGAUAAUAAUGUUCUCCAGAAGCAGCUUCAUACUUGGUAGAUCUGGCACCGGGAAGACGACUGUUUUGACUAUGAAGCUGUACCAAAAGCUUCAACAAUAUGUCAUCACAUCACAUGAAUCUGUGGGAGCUAAUGAAGGAGCUGAUUCUGAAUCUGUGGAAUCUCCCACACUGCACCAGCUUUUUGUGACCGUGAGCCCAAAACUGUGUUUUGCUGUCAAAAAGCAUGUUACUCAGCUGAAGAGUUUUGCUAGUGGAAACCUUGUUGGGAGCAUCACUGAUAUGGAUGAAAUUGAUGAAUUGGCUGAGUUUAAAGAUAUUCCGGACACAUUUGUUGGUAUUCAGCCAGAAAAGUACCCUCUAAUCAUCACAUUUCAUAAGUUUCUAAUGAUGCUUGAUGGUACUUUGGGUAACUCGUAUUUUGAGAGGUUUCGUGAAGUGAGAGGUUCAUCUCAAUAUGACGGUGGAAGAUCGAUUGCUCUGCAGACUUUCAUUCGAAAAAAUGAGGUUACUUAUGACCGUUUUCGGGCCCUAUACUGGCCCCGUCUCAAUGAAAAGCUCACAAAGAAUCUUGAUCCAUCACGAGUUUUCAUUGAAAUAAUGUCUCACAUUAAAGGCGGACUGCAAGAAGGCGAAGCAUGCAAUGGAAGAAUAAGCCGGACAGAGUACUUAUCGUUAUCCGAAAGUAGGAUCUCGACUUUGACUGCUGAAAAGAGGGAGUUUGUAUAUGAUAUUUUCGAGGAUUAUGAGAAGAUGAAGCUGGAACGUGGUGAGUUUGAUCUUGCUGAUUUUGUGAUAGACAUUCACCUCCGACUCAAGAAUGAGAAUCUGUCGGGUGACAAAAUGGACUUUGUCUACAUUGAUGAAGUUCAAGACCUUACCAUGCGACAAAUUUCACUAUUCCAAUAUAUCUGCAAAAAUGUAGAUGAAGGCUUUGUUUUUUCGGGCGACACUGCCCAGACGAUUGCCAGGGGAAUUGAUUUUCGUUUCGAAGAUAUUCGAUCCUUGUUCUAUACCGAGUUUUUCAUGAAAUCUAGAAAUGGCGAUUUUCGAGGAAAAAGAGAAAAGGGGCAUAUAUCGGAUAUAUUUUGUUUAUCCCAGAAUUUUCGUACUCAUACAGGAGUACUUAGGUUAGCCCACAGUGUCAUAGAUAUUAUUUGCCAUUUUUUCCCGCUGUCGAUUGAUGUCUUACCUCCAGAGACGAGCCUUAUAUAUGGUGAGUCUCCUGUAGUACUCGAGCCUGGCAGUGAUGAGAAUUUAAUAAUGACUAUUUUCGGACAUAGCGCAAAUGCUGGUCGAAAAUGGGUCGGUUUUGGUGCCGACCAGGUUAUUCUAGUGAGAGAUGAGUCUGCUCGAAAUGAAAUCUUCAACUAUAUUGGUCAUCAAGCUCUGGUUUUGACUAUAGUUGAGUGCAAAGGCCUCGAGUUUCAGGAUGUCCUGUUAUACAAUUUCUUCGGCUCUUCACCUUUGAGCAAUCAAUGGCGAGUCUUGUACGAAUUCUUGAAAGAAAAAGACCUCCUUGAUGCAAAUUCUCCAAACUCCUUCCCGAGUUUCAGUCACUCUAAACACAGUCUCUUGUGCUCUGAACUCAAGCAACUAUACGUGGCGAUCACUCGUACGAGGCAAAGAUUAUGGAUAUGUGAGAACAACGAAGAGCUUUCGAAGCCUAUGCUCGACUACUGGAGGAGACUUUGCCUUGUCCAAGUAAGAAAAAUUGACGAUUCACUAGCAGAGGCAAUGCAGAGGGCAAGCACCCCCGAGGAGUGGAAAUCGCAGGGGAUCAAGCUUUUCUGGGAGAAAAAUUACGAGAUGGCGACUUUGUGCUUUGAGAAAGCAGCCGAUGAGACGUGGGAGAAAAGGGCUAAAGCUUCCGGGCUAAGAGCUUCUGCCGAUACUCUUCGCGGUUUGAAUCCGGACGAGGCUCACGUGAUGCUUAGAGAGGCAGCCGAAAUCUUUGAUUCCAUUGGGAGAGCUGAUUCAGCAGCUGAAUGUUUUUGCGAAUUGGGGGAAUACGAAAGAGCAGGGAACAUAUAUUUGAAAAAGUGUGGUAUAUCCGAGCUCAGAAAGGCUGGUGAAUGUUUCUCUCUUGCCGGAAGUUACAGAACUGCGGCAGAAGUUUACGCAAAAGGGAACUUUUUCGAUGAGUGCUUGACAGCUUGCACCAAAGGGAACUAUUUCGACCUCGGCUUGCAGUAUAUUGAGCAGUGGAAGCAACAGAUGUCACUGAACAGCAAGCUUCACACGAAAUCCAAGGAGAUUGAAAAAAUCUCUCAGGAGUUUCUAGAAAAAAUUGCUGUGGAAUGUCACAAGAAAAAGGAUAACGCUUCAUUAAUGAAGUUCGUCCGGGCCUUCAACACUAUGGAGUCCAAACGCCUUUUCUUGAAGUCAAUCGAUUGCCUUGACGAGCUUCUAACUUUGGAGGAAGAGUCCGGAAACUUCCAUGAGGCUGCGGAUAUCGCAAAGCGCCUCGGAGAUAUUUUACGAGAGGCUGAUCUUCUAGAAAAGGCCGGUGAUUAUUCAGAUGCCACCUCGCUCAUACUUUCGUAUGUGCUGUCGAAUUCUCUUUGGCAGCCCGGCAGCCAUGGAUGGCCGUUAAAGGCUUUUUCUUCUAAGGAGAAACUUUUAACCAAAGCCGUGUCUAUUGCACGGAAGGUCUCUGGAACUUUUCAUGCAUCAGUUUCUUCAUCGGCCAAUGCUAUUAUGACUCAUGAACAGCAGAAGAACUUGUCUGAGUUAAUGCAGUGGUACCGCUCGGCAAGCCAGAGUUUUUCUCGUACGGGCGUGAUUCUAACCGUAAGAAAACUUUUAGACAGCCAUCUUCAAGUACAUCCGACCAAGUUCGAGUGGGAUCUUAAACCAGAAAACAAUACAAGGCUAGUUGAGAGGAUUUUAAGGAACCAAGCCUCGUGCAGAACCCUUGUUUACGUUUGGAACUUAUGGAAAUCGGACGUUUUUCGGAUCUUAGACUGUCUGGACUCUCUCAAAUGGCAGCAUCUCGAGAGCUCUCAAGACACUGCAGAAUUCUGCUUUAACUAUUUUGGGGUCCGGUCGGCUCAAAAUUUAAGUGGCAGCUUUGUGUUGCUAAAACCCGAUGCUGCAUGGGUUGCAAAUGCUGUCGAUAAAAGGUUCAUCGUGAGGGAAAAUAAGUUGGCGUUUCUUGAUGCUCGUCAUUUUGUCACGGCUUCUCAAAAUUACUGGCGUGGGGAAUUGAUUUCUACUGGGUUUAAGGUAUUAGAGGUUCUUCAGACACUACAUAAAUUUUCCUUUUCGAGGCCCAUAUCCAAGUACUGCCAAUGUUCCACACUGAUUUGCAUAUAUGAAGUGACGAGAUUCUUUAUCGAGUCGAAUUCUCUUGAUGUGAAGAAAGGUGAUGAACGCAGGCUACAAGAGUUUCUCCAGCUGUCUGCCAAAUACUUUGAAUUUGUUUUCCCUUUGGACCCUCGGCAGUCUUUGUCCGAAAAUCUGAUCUGGUUAAGGGAAACUGAAAUCUCCAAGGAUUUACUCGGAGAGAUUAUUUCGAUGAAUAUUAGCACAAGGGAUGGGCACACAUACGCUCAAUUCGGACGGGUAGUAACGAUAAUGCUAGCUUCCGGCAAGCCAAGGCCUGAACUUCUCAGGAGAAUUACCGAAAGAUUUGGCGGAAACAUGUCUUGGAAGCCGUUCAUGGAAAGUUUUGAAAAGGCUAUGAAUUCGUAUUCGAGUGGUUCGGAGAUUAUGAUACGAGAGUUUCACAGAGUAUUGGAAGAGUCCUUCCACGCCAGGUGGAGUCAAAAAGACUGCAUAUCUCCGAACUGUUUCGUUUAUCUUGUGGAGAGGCUUUUGAUUUUGGUCCCUCACCCUAAGGGCAUAUUUUUUACCUCGAAAUCUUCGUUCGUGGAGCACGUAAUGUGCCUGCAGCCAGAUGCCGACCCAUGUGCCGGUUUCUUCACGGACAAGAAAUUUUACUCGAGUGACAUUUUCAAGUUUCUCUUCUGGGUGGUUCAGCAGUGCCUCUUUAAGUAUCGCGAGGCAGAAGGGUGGAUCAAAAAAUCGGGUAUUAACUGCAGGUACUAUCUCCCGGUGCUGGUGCUGAGAUUGAUCAUAAUCCUCUGCUCUUUGUGCCUGAACUCGGAUUGUCCAUUCAACGUACUAUACGAGAUGCUCAAUGCACAACACAUCAGAUCAAAGCUGCCGGUGGACUUCUGUCGGGCUCUUUGUGGCAGGAGGAAAGAUGUCUCGUACGUUGAUUUAGUUGCAUCGGCUUUCAAACUGAUCGGAGAUCCUCUCGUGAUCGUGUCCUCCGGUGGGGCCCGCUCAAGGUUUGCGUGUCCAGAUGCCGUUUUCCUUGACAUGAGCUCUUUCUCGCGCAGAAACGAGGUCUUGGAAGUACUUUUUCCUAAGAGCACUGAUUAUUCAGACGAGCAACCGUCGGAUGAAGUAGCAAUUAUUAUUCCUCCUCCUCUGGUGAGUGGCACUACCGAACCGAAUGAGGAAAGUGAUAUAAAGUCGAGCUCGGAGAAUGAAAUUAAAGGGAAAGUUGAAAUAAAUUGGGGACUCAUUCGAGAAAUGUCCGAGGCCUUGGAGUCACUUGAGAAAACGAGUGGCGACCGGAAAUUGGAGAGCCUUGUUCUAGAAAAGAAGGUGGAAAUUGAGGAGCAUAUGAAUCUUUUGAUAUCAACAAUGUCCGAGUCGAGAUCUGAUUCCGGUGAAGAAGGUGAAAAUGAGCUGCAUUUAGCAACCGACGUGUUUGAGGAAUUGAACACGAUAUGUUCUUCGUUGGAUACUACGAGUAUUGGACUCGAUCAUAAAACAAUUUCUUCGGUUGGACAACAUUUGAAGAGCUUGGAAAUGAGAAUUCCAAAGAGUUCUUCAUAUUCAAGCGUGGAGAAUGAUGAGCCGAAUGUUGCAAGUGUUGCUCCUCAACAGAUGGACGUCGAAAAAGAAGAAGAAGAAGAAGAAGAAGCUUCCGGAAGCAGUGUUUAUCCGACUGAAGAUAGAAAAACGACUCGGGAUUUGUUAGCUGGUGGAAAGAAUCUUGGCAGUGAGGGCGCUGGAUGCAGUAAGGGAAAGGGGCAGAGCAAGAAAAAUAAGAAGUCGAAAAAAGGGAAAGGCGGGCGAAGGAAGUAA